AGUACAACUGAAAAGUUCCAGGCUUCCUCCUUUUCAUUGAACCCUUCCGCGGCACAGUGAACAAUCUUUCAAGAAGCGCAUAAGAACUAAAUUAUCGGCCCUGCAUAACUUUCCCCGCAUUUGAACAAGAUCCUGUCCAUGACCUGUGAAGAUCCUGCACUCUUUAGGUUUCGAACAAGUCUAAAACACACCUAGGUUUCGAACAAAUCUGUAAAAGCACUCCUGUUUUAUUCCUCGUACGUUUGCGUCACACACACGUUGUUUGUUUUCAUCUAAACCACGACACGGAUUUUUGAAGUCAAAGUGUUUGCUGAAGAAUUCCUCGUAGCUUGUUCUCGCGUUUGAUUUUGAAAAAAAAGUUGCUAGUAUCCACCUGAAAGAAAUCUAAAUCACAACAACAUGUCCGACUCGAAGGUGCGUGACAUGUCUCUGGCCGAAUUCGGCCGCAAGGAGCUGAACCUGGCCGAGCAUGAGAUGCCCGGUAUAAUAAGUGAUGAGACAUUCACAUCAUUUAAAGACGAUUUUUGUCAUGCAGGGACGGCGUGGGAAACAUAAAUUCGCAUGCCGACAAGGAGUGCAGUCGCAAUUUCUAAAUUUAGAUUCGACGACGAAAACAUUCCACGGGGCCGUACUGACCACGCUAGAUUUGACAUUAUUCGUCUUGCUUCAUGCAUUUUCUUCAUUACGACAAACACGAUCAGGUCUGAUCAACUGCCGUAAGGAGUACGGCGCUGCGAAGCCGUUCGCCGGCGUCAAGAUCGCGGGGUCCUUACACAUGACGAUUCAGACCGCGGUUCUGAUCGAGACUCUUGCGGAGCUCGGUGCCGAUGUCCGCUGGUGCUCGUGCAACAUUUUUUCCACCCAGGACCACGCCGCCGCGGCUGUGGUGAAGGCAGGUAACUAAGUAAGGAUUUGUACAUGCAGUUCGAUGUAUGAAAAUGGUUCAUAUUAUCCACAGUACGCAUGAUAAUCAGCAUGUUUAUUGGUCCCAAAUCAAAAUUUGGCUUCUCCUUCUCCCAAUAGGACCGGAGUUCAGUAGCUCUGCUUUCACGUAGUUCAUUUUGAUGGCGAAAAGUUUCUCUCCAUACUAGUACGGCGUGACCACUGCAGAUGCUGUUAUUUUGCAAAAAUGCAAAACUCUGUUUAAUAAAAUGUUUUAAGGUACCGCCGCUGUUUUUGCGUGGAAGGGCGAGACUUUGGAGGAAUACUGGGACUGCACGGAGAAGACCCUGAUCUGGCCCGAUGGUUUAUCACAAGCAAAAGCGUUAAGAUUUACGGUUUUCACAGAUUGCAGCCUUGCGUCACAAAUUUAGCCUAGUAUGCAUGCUAUGCAUGACAAAGUUUGGCGCGUUUAGUUUGGCACGUUUUGCGAUGCUUUACCGCAUCACAAAUUCCGUAAACGUUAUCACUUUUUCCUGUGAUAUGGUUCCGGCCCGGACCUGAUUGUGGACGACGGCGGUGAUGCUACCAUGCUGAUCCACAAGGGUAUUGAUAGUAGCAGUGAACUUGAUUUGUUUUUGGGCGAUUUAAUUUUGUCAGGCUCAGUGAGAAGUAGUUUUUGUUUUCGUUUUCCACGAAGAUGCAGGAUGCAUGCGUGCGCAGCUUUGUGUAAGUUUGUCCCGAUCUUCAAGAAUCCACCUAGACAGAGUCAGAGUUUUCGGUUUUAAGCGGAAUGGAGUGAGCGUAGUUGUAUUCCUGGUUUGACCAAAUGAGAGUCAACACGGUUGUUUGCCGGGUUACGAGCAAGAACUGCGUUUUCGGGAAUUGCAGGAGUAUAACAAUCCAAUCCUGAAAACAUACAACAGGUAAGCAGUUCGAAGAAGAGUUCGCCGCCAACGGGUCGCUCCCCGACCCGAACACCUCCUCCAACCCGGAGUUUAAGUGCGUCCUCGCCCUGCUUUACGAAAGUGCAUAACUCUUCCUCCCCCUGAUUUGUAUUGCAUGAGCAGCAAUUAUACAAGCGCCCACACAUGUGGAGCCUGUGCAUUAGAAGUUAAUUCGCGUAAUUUAGUACUGGUUGGGCUUCCAGAAUCUGUCAUGCAAAAAGUACUACAAGGCAGCGCUUGGGUUUGGUAUUUUGCAUGACAAGUGAGGGGGAGCGGGGGAGAUGUGCACUCUCAUAUGCUCCGCAAGUCUAUCCAGGCCAACCCCAAGCGGUGGUCGACCAUUGCCGCGGCCGUGAAGGGCGUUUCCGAAGAGACCACCACGGGGGUCCACCGUUUGAAGGAAAUGGCACAGAAGGGACAGCUUUUGUUCCCGGCCAUCAAUUAUGUAUUGCAAAAGUAUCGUACUCGUAAUGUAUAAAUGCAUUACCAAUUUCUCUCAGCAAGAGAAAUGGAAUUUCUCAUGCUGAUUUUGCCUUGGCAACAAGAUUUGUAAUGCAAGACUUGCAUUUAUACGAGUGCGAUACUUUUGCACAGGAUAUCAACGUCAACGACUGCGUCACCAAGUCCAAGUUCGAUAACGUGUACGGGUGCAGACACUCUUUGCCGGAUGGUAAGUGAAUGCGUUGUAUAAUUUGUGAUGCAUACUACACUAUCUAGAUGUACUUUGUCAUGCAUAGUGAUUGUACACUAUUUUGCCUUGCUCUUGCAGCAACGAAUCGGCAAAAGGUCGUAGAGCAAUGCUUGCAAACGGUUGGGUUUUAUUUCUGAAACUAUGCUUUUCCUUUUCCCGCAACACAAAUACAAAUUUCUCUAUCAGGUCUCAUGCGUGCCACCGACGUGAUGAUUGGUGGAAAGCGAGUGCUUGUUGCUGGGUACGGUGAUGUGGGAAAGGGAUCCGCGAUGGCCAUGAAGGGCGCGGGUGCACGAGUCAUGAUCGCAGAAUGUGACCCGAUUUGUGCGCUGCAAGCAUGUAUAAAUUUGAUGAUUUUUCGAAUUCUGCUUUUGCUGCACUUUGAUACAAACAAUGAAUUUUUUGCAGCCCACCACUCUGGAAGUUAUUCCCUCGUGUUGAUAAAGCCAAUUGAAAUUAAAAUAUGAAACUAAGUACAUUUCUUCAAUUAUCAGGCAUGGAGGGCUACGAGGUGACCACGAUCGAGGACGUCAUUGACCAGGUGGACAUUUUCAUCACAACCACUGGUAACUUCAACAUUAUCCGGGCCGAGCACAUGGCCAAGAUGAAGAACAACGCGAUUGUCGGGAACAUUGGUCACUUCGACAACGUAUCAAUUGCAAAUAUGUCUGGGUCUGGAACGCUGGAACUUGUCAUGCUAAUUCUGGAUAGUGCAAAAAUCUGUGUUGCGUGAUUACCAAAAGCUGCCCACUUUUGACCAGGUUGAGUAGAGGCAGUUAGUUUCUCAUGCAGGCGAGGCAUGAUAGAGGUCGCCCAGAAUCUGUCAUGCUAGAGCAUGUAUGACAGACCUCACGCGUCAUGGAAAACCUGCAUGACAAGUCUUGCGACCUUCCAGACCCUGACAACAUGUUUGCAUUUGAUACAACGAAAUCGACAUGGCGGGACUGGAGUCCUUUCCAGGAAUCAAGUGCGAAAACAUCAAGCCGCAGGUGGACAUAUCCUGUGCAAAAGUAUCGUACUCGUACUAAUUGCAUUUAUGCAUUACAAAUCUGCUUCCUAAGGCAAAUCCGCAUUACAGCUUUAAUUUGUAAUGCUGAGCAAAUUUGUAAUGCAGUUCACAAUAGUUGUGCGAUACUCAUACUUUUGCAGUUCAUAGGACAGGUUCAUUUUCCCGGACGGGCACGGCGUUAUCGUCCUCGCAUCUGGCCGGUUGAUGAACCUCGGAUGCGCGACCGGGCACCCAUAUCAAGAAGAAAAAUCCCCCCUCCCCACAUCAAACCGGAAAUCUGUGAUGCAGAUUUGCGGUCACAAAUCAGCUUUGUCAUGCUAGAAGAGAAAAGCUGCGGACUGUAGUGCUGGGUGGCGUGGGAAAGCCUUGCGUCUUCAGCAUGACAGGAGGCAGCUCGAAGUGGAAAACAGCACGACAAAUUGCCUGCAAACGAGGCCACAACUGCGCCGCUUUGCCUUCUAGCAAUACAGGCCCAUUUGUGUACUCAAAAACAGCAUCACAAAUUUCGUUUUCGAUAUAUGGGGAGGGAGGAUUUUUCCUUUUGAUAGCCCGUCCUUUGUCAUGAGCUGUUCGUUUACAAACCAGACCAUCGCUAUGCAAGAAAAAAACUGUGUAAGUGUAACUGUGUAAUGCAGAACAUGCAACAGAGGCACGCCUGUCAUGCCAGACAACCAUGAAGUCCUCUUUUCGUGUGUGUUUUCCCUUACCAGCCGCGCAUGACAGGUUUUCUCUGACAUGUAGAGCAAAUUUGUGAUGCUGUCAACCAAAGAAAGUUACACUAACACAGUUUUUUUCUUGGAUAAUCGCACAGCUGGAUCUAUUGGACAACUGGAAAAACAGCAACGUGCUCAAGAGGCAGAACAGGAAACCGUACGGAACCAGCGAGGUAAAGAUACUACGGGUUUUUAUCGCGUUUUUUGCACCAGCACGACGGCUUUGUUUAUUUGGUGUCUUGCGUAGUUCUAAAAUGCAUGACAACAUCUUUGUUAAAUAAAGCGUUGAACAAAAUCUCUAUCAUGCAUCCACCCCAACCCAAGCACAACAGGUCUACCGCCUGCCGAAAGAGCUGGACGAGAAGGUGGCCAGAUUGCACCUGCCGGCUCUGUAUCCUGUGCAAAAGUAUCGUACUCGUAUUGCAAUAACGCACUACUUACAAAUCUUCUUCUUAAGGUAAAUCCGCGUCACAAAUUUUAUUUCUCAUGCUGAGAAAUAAAUUUGUAAUGCGUUUAUACGAGUCCGGUACUUUUGCAAUCCAUACUCUGGGUGCGAAGUUGACCAAGCUGACCAAGGAACAGGCGGAAUACAUCAACGUGCCUUCCGAGGGGCCCUACAAGCCGGACGAUAUCCCACAGAAAAAAGCAGGCAGAGCAUAUUACUAUCUAUUAUAUUCAUGCGAAAGUAGAGGUCUACAGAGGAUAAAAGAGAGGUGGCCGAGAGGUCAAAAAGAGGCCGACAGAGGUAAAAAAGAGGUCGACAGAGGUGAAGAGGUGGCGCGGGAGGUCUUUCGAGAGGGAGACCGAGAGGCGGCGCGAGUAUAGCCCGCCGAAGGGUCCACCCUUUAGCGCCGCUGAAGCGCCUCGGACGGAGGGUGCAGAGAGGUGGAA